AUGGCCUUCUCUCGGUCCCUCGUGGCCGCAGUUGCCACGCUCUCUCUUGUCAGCUUCACGCAGGCGUGGAACGUGGAGCUGCCUCCUUGCACGGCAGCGUUCACGCCCUUUACCUACUCGGGCUGUUUCCAAGAUGGUCUCCCGGGCACCCCUGGCACGCUCAUCUUCCGCUCGCCACUGCCCUCUGAUAACAUGACCGUUGAGCUUUGCCAGGCCGAAUGCAAAGGCAACCGCUUCCGUUAUGCUGGCCUCGAGUACUAUGGUGUCUGCUACUGCGGCGGCUCCGUGGAUGGCCCCCAGGUUGCUGACACUCAGUGCACGUUCCCUUGCAACGGUAACAAGAACGAGACCUGUGGAGGAGACAACCUCCUCUCGAUCUGGCAAGAUCCGACGUUUCCACCCGAAGCCGUCACCAUCGCUGACUACCAGGCUUUGGGCUGCUACACUGACGACUCGCAACAGGGUCGUACCCUGUCCUGGUCCGCUACUGUUGACUCUGCCACUUUCACCACUGAGGGCUGUUUGACUGCCUGUGAGAGAGAAGGCUUCCCUCUGGCCGGUACCGAGUACGGAGGCGAAUGCUGGUGCGGCAACGUGCUGGCGAAUACCACUGCCAAGGUAGACGACUCGCAAUGCAAUGUCCCUUGCCACGGUAACUCGGCGGAGACGUGCAGUGCGGGAGGUCGGUUGAAUCUGUACUACGCCCCGGAUUUGGACACGACCACGACCACAACCACCAGCCCUACCACAACCACAACCACAACCACAAGCCCGACAACAACUACCACCACAACCACUACCACCACAACCACUACCACCACCACAAGCCCGACCACUACCACUACCACGACUACCAGCCCUACCACAACCACCACCUCGACCACGACCACGACCACGACUACCGCCAGCCCGAUCUCGACCACCACAACCACAGAUCAUCGUCCCCAUCACACGACGACGACGACGACCGCCGGCUCGGCGUGCACGGCCACUGUCACGACUCCUCCUACUUGCGAGUACAAGGUUGGCGAUUGGUGCUUCCCUCCUCUGCCUGACUGGGACAACGAAAAGGGCUGCUUGAAGGCCUACGCCACUUGUUUCGCCAGUGUCUCUUCUUGCUUCGCUCACGUCGAGUUCCCUGAUGUUCUCCAAUGCUUCAACUUUGGCCUGCUGUGUGGCAACAUUGAAAAGUACUGCGGCUCAACAUGCAAGUCCGGCGAGUGCUCCAAGGGCGAAUACUGGAGCCACAACCCCGGCCACGGCGACGGUCCUCACAAGACGACGACGACCAUUGUUCCCUGCUCUGCCAGCGCGGCAACCAAGUUACCAGCCGCCACGACGAAGCCUAGCCACUGCCCUCCGCCUCCCACCAACAUCUGCACGCAGCCCUCCAACCCCCAGUACGGCUAUGGUCCUGGCGAGCCUGUCGGUGGCAUCGAUCUGCCACUUGUCAGCUGCAAUGACAUUUACAGCGACUGGCGCAACAACCCAUUCAAGCUGUACAUUGACCAGAACAGCCGCGACUGCCCAUCCUAUCCCCGGUCUGGCACCGACGAUGCUUGCGCCGAUGCCUGCGAGGCGCAGUACAAGCAAUGUACCGACGUCUACCAAAAGGGCUGUGAGGAUGGCGCCAAUGGCCGGUGGAAGCGCGGCGAUGAAGCGACCGAUUUCCUCGGCAUUAGCCAGUUCACGCAGGACUGGGGCUUUGGCGACAAUUCUCCUUCCAGCGCAGCCGAGAAGUGCUCGGCUCAGUAUCAAGACUGCUUGGACGCGAACAAGGACGUCAAUCCCAAGAAGCAGUGCAUGUGUUGGCGCUGCUAA